AAGGAACAUAUAUGCCUUCCAAACCCAUUUCCAUUCAUGCUUAAUCAUGGACUUCACAAGGUUAGUUUUUGUGGGUGUUUGUUUGUUUGCUCUGUUUCUUUUUCCCAUCAAUGGAAUCCGUUUGUUCACCGAGAAAGUUACAGAAAAGGGUUUUGAUAUGUCUAUGGAGUUGUUGGAGGCACCGGAGUAUCAGAAUGGACCUGAAUGUCCCAUGUUGUCGAGAAGUAGUUUCUUCUUCUCUCGUUCCGAUCCUCUGCUGGUUCGUAUAGCAAUGACCCUCGAUCCUGAGUACUUGAGGGGCACCAUGGCUGCAGUUCACUCUGUUCUCAAGCAUUCUUCCUGUCCGGAUAACAUUUUCUUUCACUUUCUCGCUUCCGAUUCCAGCUCAGUCAGGCCGAAUGAUUUCAUUCCUCUUCUGCACUCUGCAUUUCCUUCUUUGGGUUUCAGGGUCUAUGAAUUCAAGGAAAGUUUGGUUAACAAUCUCAUUUCAUCGUCAAUCCGUCAAGCUCUUGAGAACCCUUUGAACUAUGCUAGAAUCUUCUUGGCUGAAAUCCUUGAUCCCUCCAUCCGGCGAGUAAUCUAUCUCGAUUCCGAUGUCAUUGUCGUCGACGAUAUUCAGAAGCUAUGGAGUACUUCUCUAUCUGGGUCGAGAACUAUCGGAGCUCCCGAGUAUUGUCAUGCAACUUUCACCAAGUACUUCACCGGCGAGUUCUGGUCUGACCCUGAGUUGGCCGGAGUUUUCACCGGGAAAAGGGCUUGUUAUUUCAACACGGGGGUGAUGGUGAUGGAUUUAGAGAGGUGGAGAGAGGGAGAGUACACAAGGGAGAUCUUGAAAUGGAUGAAGGUUCAGAAGGAAAGGAGGAUUUACGAGUUGGGUUCUCUUCCGCCUUUUUUGUUGGUGUUCGGAGGAGAUGUGGAGGCCAUUGAUCAUAGGUGGAAUCAGCAUGGGCUUGGGGGAGAUAAUGUGGUGGAUAGUUGCCGGAAUUUGCAUCCGGGCGGCGUGAGUUUGCUGCAUUGGAGUGGUAAGGGAAAGCCAUGGGCCAGGCUUGAUGCUAAGAACCCCUGUCCAGUUGAUCAUCUCUGGGAACCUUAUGAUCUCUUCAGAAAACCAGAACAAAAAUCCCUAUCGAGUAGUAUGUAGUUCUAUUUUUUAUUUUUCCAUUCAUUUUGUGGAUGUCAUACAUUCUUUUUGACAAACUUAAACUCAUUGUUUUGUACACAUGAUAGAAAAUUUAAUGGAAGAGAGACUUCUUGAAUCCUGUCUGUUUCAUGAGAAUUUGAUUGUUUUGGUGUCAUAGGCCCUAGGGAAGAAAUUAGGAGAAAGUCCUGUAGGGUAUUUGAUGUCAUUUUCUCAAGUAGAUAUUAUCCCUCUAUGAAAAUAAUGCAGAAAGGCUGGUUGUAGAAAAAAUGGAGCAUGAUAAUUGCUAUUGGUGUUUCCUGUAAAAAUAAUGUCAUACAAAUCAAUCAAAGGAAAAGGAUGUACAAGGCUCAUAUAUUUUUCACAACAAUCCAACUGCACAACUUAAAUGCAAUCUGUUCUCCAAGCCUCUUAAAUGAUGACCCAUUAACAUACACCUGCAAGUAGAAAAAAGAGGUGGAUGAAAACAGGGGCAAAAACAAAGGAAAGUACCAAAGUGGAAGCGUUUCAAUAGUGGAUUAGUAGUUAUCUUAAGAAUGACAAUGAAUCAAUGUUGGUUUGUUUUGUCCAUCCUCUGCGGUCUGCAAUGUAAAGUUUGUGCAUAUGUAUUUGUGAAUGAAGAUGUUUCGUGAUU